GUUGUCAAGAAAAAUGUUUUCUCAAAUGGAACAAAUGAAUUCAAAACAGACAGAUUUACUUUUGGAGCAUCAAAAACAAACUGUCAAACAUGUGGAUAAACGAGUGGAGUAUUUAAGAGCACAAUUUGAUGCUUCACUUGGAUGGAGGUUAAAGGAACAGCAUGCUGACAUUACCACAAAAAUAAUACCUGAGAUCAUUCAAACAGUGAAGGAGGACAUUUCUCUCUGCCUUAGUACUUUAUGCUCCAUAGCUGAGGAUAUACAAACCUCAAGAGCAACCACUGUAACUGGACAUGCAGCUGUGCAAACCCAUCCAGUUGACUUACUUGGAGAGCAUCAUCUAGGAACUACAGGCCAUCCUAGAUUGCAGUCAACAAGAGUUGGAAAACCUGAUGAUGUGCCUGAGUCGCCUGUAAGUUUAUUCAUGCAAGGAGAAGCGAGGAGUAGAAUUGUGGGGAAAAGCCCCAUUAAACUGCAGUUUCCAACAUUUGGUAAAGCUAAUGACUCCUCUGACCCUCUUCAGUACUUAGAGAGGUGUGAAGAUUUUUUGGCCCUCAAUCCACUCACUGAUGAGGAACUUAUGGCUACACUACGAAAUGUGUUACAUGGUACUUCCCGAGAUUGGUGGGAUGUGGCACGUCAUAAAAUCCAGACCUGGAGAGAAUUUAACAAACAUUUUCGUGCUGCAUUCCUAUCAGAGGAUUAUGAGGAUGAGCUGGCAGAAAGAGUACGCAACAGAAUUCAAAAAGAAGAUGAAAGCAUCAGAGACUUUGCCUACAUGUAUCAAUCUCUGUGUAAACGCUGGAAUCCAGCUAUAUGUGAAGGGGAUGUUGUUAAACUGAUCUUAAAAAACAUUAACCCCCAACUCCCCAGUCAACUAAGAAGUAGAGUAACUACGGUGGAUGAAUUAGUCCGUUUGGGACAACAGCUGGAGAAGGACCGACAGAAUCAACUGCAAUAUGAACUAAGGAAAAGUUCGGGGAAGAUAAUUCAGAAAUCUUCUUCCUGUGAGACUUCUGCAUUGCCAAAUACUAAAAGUACACCCAACCAGCAGAACCCAGCUACCUCCAACCGACCUCCUCAAGUAUACUGCUGGCGCUGCAAAGGACAUCAUGCACCAGCCUCAUGUCCACAAUGGAAGGCUGAUAAACAUCGGGCUCAGCCUUCAAGGUCAUCAGGCCCACAAACAUUGACAAAUUUACAGGCUCAAGAUNGAAUUUGA